AAAGAAAAGCUGUUUAUGAAAUUGCAAGACAAAAGUUGUUGUUGAAGACAGAAUUGUUUUAUUCAAGCACUUCUGACUAUCAAAAUAUGAAGUUUUUCUUGCUCGCAGCCCUAGCAUUGGGCAUCAGUGCUCAACUAGUCUGGGCCACCGGGUAUUCUAAUCAGGUAUGCCUCAAGCUGCCUCAGGGCCCUAAAGGACCCAGAGGUAUGAUGGGGCCAGAUGGUCCUGAAGGUCUGCAGGGCCAGGACGGUCAGCAGGGCGAAGAAGGACCAAUGGGUCCCUCCGGACCCGAAGGGCAGGACGGAGAGGAUGGUGAACCUGGAAUGCCUGGUAGACCAGGUAGCUCCGAGCUGCGCAGUAUUCCGAUCAGCCUGGCCUUCUCCAACCCAUCCCUGCAUGCACCAAACCCGUUCUACAUGAGUCUUCUCUACUCUUAUUUCAAUGGUCGCUACUUCGUGGGAACUCCCAACCGACAGCGCUCUCUGGGCGGGAAUGCCAACUUCAACAUCGCUCGCACGGCUGUCAAGCUAGUUCGCUGGGGAACGGAGAUUCGUAUUCCAUUUGUGAAGUCUUACGAAGGCUCUCCCGUAUGCAAGGUUCACUUCCAGGACAUUUUCAGCCACGCAAAGGUCUAUGCUACCAGCUCCUUCCUCGCUAUCAAGCUGCCCACCAUCUGGAAAAGGAGAAAGACACACAUCCAGGCUGUCUGCUGGGGUGCUUUCCCCAAGCCAGCCAAGAACUAGUCAGUGCGGCAGCGACGACUGGUUAAAGUGACUAAGAUCAGCUGUUAUGUUCUAUUCUUCACGCGUUUACGCCUAAUGCUCUUCAUUCCGCAAAAAAAGAAAAUCCUCCCCUACAGCUCUAACACUGCUCUUUUACUCCAAUCACAGAAAGGCCUGGGAUAGGCAAUUUGCUUUCUCCAAUGUAACUCCGAGAGGUUGGCACGUUCAGUAUUCCCUCUUCAUACAUGAUCCGAUCAAAGUUCCAGAUCCCUUUAUGCAUGAGUUUAGUAUUCUCUCUACACAUAUGCCUCAGUUAGCGGUCGUCAUCUGUUCUAUUGGGAACGGACAAGGAAUGCCACCUUUUUCUGAACAAAAAGUGUGAACUUGAAACCUGAAGUCCACAUCAUGGUUAUCAGCUUUCAGAAAGUCUUUAUGCUGUUUUUAAUGUAUUCUUUGUUCACCUCAAAGACAUAUUUUAUAUAUUUUACAGUCCUUGCCGCUUACUACUAUCUCCUUCUUUCCAUUCAUCUAAUAUUGUGCUCUAAGUACAGUUGCGCUCGAUGAAAUCCGAUCGAAAGUGCAAAUGUGGAACCCUCAACUGUUACUUGCACGGCCCUUGACGCCCUGGCAGUGGCACAUACAUGUACGUGCGGCUAGAUGUACCCAUUUACAAACACAGUGAUGUAAUUGGACCUAUUCUAGGGCAGCAGCUUUGCGCUUUUGGUCGGAUUUCAGUGAGCAGCACUGAACAUGUACAUGGCUGCAUAAUGUUUUUAACGUUUCCAUUCAUAAAGCAGCAACAAAUGAUUCAGUUGAGGAUUUUAUACUGAAUUCAUCCAA